UGAAGAUGAGGCAGGUCUAAUCUGCCUUUGAGGCAGCGCUUGCCUGGGAAGCCGUUUUCUUUGCUUCUUUUCCCUGUUGCCAGUGGCUGAGAGCAGGGAGCCUAGGAGAAAUCGCUGUAGCCAUGAAGAAAUGCUGCUAGAAGUGACCCAUUCCCUAAGGAAUAAGCUCUGUGCCCUCUGGAUCAGCACUACUACACUCUUUUAUUGAUUAACACAGGACGGGAAAGGGCAGGAAAAUGUUAAAUCCCCGCUGCUUUCUGGUGUGCCUUCAGCUCUUUUCUGUCUGGCAAGUGGGUUUGCCGUUUUCAUAUUACAGACCACAGCGUAAAUUAACUGAAGAAAUAGAUUGGUCUUACACAGAAACCUUAAACCAAGAAAACUGGGCAAAAAAAUACCCAGCAUGCAAUGGUGCCAAACAAUCUCCUAUCAACAUUGAUGAGGAUUUAACACAAUUAAACACAAAUUUAAAGAAAUUACAUUUUGAGGGUUGGGAUAAAGAGUCCUCGGAAUAUACACUAAUUCGAAAUACUGGAAAAACAGUGGAAAUCAAUUUGACAAAUGAUUAUUAUUUGAGUGGUGGUGCCUUAGACUCACAAUACAAAGCAAGCAGAAUAACGUUUCAUUGGGGAAACUGCAAUGCUACAGCUGAUGGUUCCGAACACAGCUUAGAAGGCCAGAAGUUUCCUUUAGAGAUGCAAAUCUUCUGCUUUAAUCAUAACGAGUUUAAAAAUAUUGACGAAGCAAUAAGUGGAAAUGGCAAAAUAAAAGCUUUGUCCAUUUUAUUUAAGGUUGGCCAGGAAGAUAACGUGCGUUAUAAUGCAAUCAUCGAUGGAGUAGAUAAUGUACAUCGUUUUGGUACAAAAGUUGCAUUGGAGCCAUUUUUCUUGUCAAAUCUUCUUCCUGACUACACCGACAAAUAUUAUACAUAUAAUGGCUCACUAACAACCCCUCCGUGCUCAGAAACAGUGGAAUGGAUUGUGUUUAAGGACACAGUUACAAUUUCAGAAAGCCAGUUGGAAAUGUUUUGUGAGAUCCUUACAAUGCAGCAAUCUGGGUAUGUCAUGGUGAUGGAUUAUUUGCAAAACAACUAUAGACACCAGCAGUUUGAGUUCUCAGGACAAGUAUUUUCAUCUUAUACUGGCACAGAGGAGAUCCCGGAACCUGUUUGCAGCUCUGAACCAGAGGACGUCCGAGCUGAUUCACAGAAUAACACAAGCCUUCUCAUAACAUGGAGGAGACCCAGGGUUGUUUAUGAUGCAGUGAUAGAGAGAUACCUGGUUUUCUAUCAACAUUUAGAAGGAGAAGAUCAAACUAAGCAUGAACAUCUCACUGAUGGCUAUCAAGACCUGGGUGCUUUAAUAUACAAUUUGCUGCCCAACACAAGUUAUGCUCUUCAAGUACUAGCAAUAUGCACAAAUGGCCUUUAUGGGAAACGAAGCGAUCAAGUCAUUGUUGACAUGACACUAGAUCCCCAAGGAGCUGAUCCAUUUAAUGAUUUCACAGAAACUGAAGAAGACAUACAGGACAGUGAAGAGGUAGAAGAGGAAAAUGAAAAUGAAAGCACAAGAAAAAGUUUAAGCACUGUUAGUAAUACAAACCAAAAACAAGCGCAAGGAGGGCAAGCAACCACUUCAAGCUAUUCUGAAGGAAAUGCAUAUCUUACUACAGGAAAGACAGCAGACGACAAGUUAAAAGAGCACCGCGAUGUUUUAAAAGCUUAUCUCUAUCCCACUUUACAAACUACAACCAAAACAAUGCACGAUACAACUGUUGAUUAUUCAGGAAAAUCUGCGGAAGAUGCUGUAAUGCCACAGUCUGUAUCUGAAGCUACAACUCAUUUAAGUAAGGAUUUUAAAAGCAGAGUUGAAAUAUGGAUGCUUAACAUAUCCGACUCUACUAAAAGUAUAGCAGAAGAAGAUGAGCAAACCAGCGCUGAUAGCGAACUACAAACAACUACAAAUUGGAAGAGAAGAAUUCUUAUUCCAACAAGGAGUCCUAAGCCAGUUUCCAAUCACUCUACAGUUUCUAUUCCUGCUACAGCAAUAUAUUCUUCAGAGAUUACAUCUCAGGGAAAUAUCGUGUCCUCAAACAUCCCUGAUUCAGACAUAGAUGAUGCCUUUACUUCAACCAGUGAGGACAUAUCAAAAGUCACAGCCCCAGUUACUGAAUUUGAUUUAUAUACUAUUUCAAUUUCUACCUCUAAGUCAAAUGUGGUUACUGAAGGCCAACAUCCAACUAAUUCCAUCAAUCUUCUUAUGGAUGAAUUAUUGUCAACAUCGUUUUCCAGUGGGGCGACAGUGAUGCAGGCUACUGCUUCCAGUUUGGAAGACGUGAACAAAGCUACACUUCCUGGGCAAGAGAUGCCGCUGGUUCCAAAUUCCACUUUUUCCACUCCAGAAGUAUUACUUGAAUCUGUCUCUGCAGGGUUUGGAAAUCAUGACUCAGAAUCAUCUGUGAGUGAGGUACUCUCUCAGGCAACACUGUCUCAGACAACUCAACCAGUUUCUAAUGGUGAGAUACCUCUUCAACCCUCAUUCACUAGUGAAGUGUUUCCUCUUGUUACCCCCCUGCUCUAUGACACCAAGCUCCUGAAAGCCACCCCUGCUUCUUCAGAUAUUGAUCUGAUCCUGCAUGCCACACCUGUAUUUCCCAGUGUUGAUGUGUCAGUUGAACCUUCCCUGUCUUACUAUGAUGGCACACCUUUGCUUGCAUUCUCCUCAGCUGCUUCCGCUAGUAAAGUGUCUCGUCAUCUGUAUACAGUCUCUGAAUUGUUUUCGCAAGUUCCAACAGAUACACUCUCCUUGCAUGAUUCUUUGGUUUUGACUGAAAGCAAUACAUUACUUCAGCCAAGCCACACAUAUUAUUCUGAUGUAAAGCCACAUCAGACUAUCUAUGGUGCUUCUGAGACAUUGACAUUUGAUCAUGGGGGUCACACCUUUAAGUCUAAAAAAUUGAUCACUCACCUUGAUUCUCCCAACACUGAAUUAAAGUUGCAUGCACUUUCCAUGGUGUCUGAACUUACCUCUCCUUUGUCUAGUGAUAUGGCUUCCUCAGAAAGCUUUGCUGUUUCAUAUGACUCUUCAGCACGUGAUACUGUUGGCAUAUUGCACCAGGGUUCAAUAAUUAAAUACCUUGGCACUGAAGUAUUGUAUAGACCAAGUUCAAUAAGUGUCCAAGAUAUUUCACUUCAGCCUACACAGUCCAAACUAAGUAAUGAGGACAGAUCUGAUACUUUCUCUGGUAGUGGGUUUUUUAACUAUGGGACAGAUGAUUUGACUGAACAGUCAUCUGUUUCAUCAGUUGGGGAUGUGUUUAAGACAAAUGAGUUUAUAGAAAACGAGACAGUGAAUAAAAGUGAUAAUAUAGGUAAAUCAAACACUGGACUGCAGACUGUAUCUGCUUAUGGCCCAGUGAUUUUACAUGCAGGCAAUGAAGAAGUGGCAGGCCUUUCUUCAUCAGAUGCCAGGGAAUAUAUAUUUAAGGUGCAACAAUCAUCACAAGAAACCCCUCCAUUGUCCUUUUCCACUCCAAGGAGUCUUGAUGCUGAUAUUAAUGCAGCAUCUGAAAAUCUGCUACCUGUUGAGCAAAUAAAUACUUUGCCUACAACCUCUGCUGACAUAUCGCUGAAAGCUAUGCUUCCUGAAGUGUCAACUGUCUCUUCUUCUUCUAAUAUGCUACUCUCUCCAACUCAGGAAUUAUUUUAUGAAGUGUCAGAUAAACCAGUUAGUGAUUUAUUUUUCCAAAAUGUUUUACAGUCUUCAGGUGAUAUUAGCGUUUCCUCAAAAGUGACCCAUGCUGAACUAUUGAAUGAUGCACCCCGUUCUUAUAAUUUUUCCUCUAAUAUUGAUUCAUCAUUGUUGCCUACACCUUCUGAUACCACUAUUCAGUCUUUGUUGCAUUCUACAUAUGUAACCCCUGUUGGUAAUGAUUUGUCUCCAAAUUCUGUUGCGUCCACAGUGUUACAACAAUCAGUGUUAGCCUUGCAUAGCCAUUAUGUUGCACCUCAUUUGUCUGCUACUGUAAAUUCUGGUACAUCAUAUGCUAAUGAAAAGGCAGAGCAAACUUUAGAUAUCGAACCUACUUUUUUGCAUGCAGUUUCAACCCCAGUGCUUCCUACCAAUACAUUAACACAAGAUACUACUUUAAAUGACCAUUUGCCUUCCUCUCAUUAUGCUACGCAUGGCAUUCCUGCUGCUUCAAGAAAAUAUAAGGACGUGACGUAUUCCUUAUCUACAGAUGUAACUGUAAAUUCUGUUAUUUUACCAACUGUGUAUGUUUCUGUUCCAGCUGGUUUUCCAAACAGUGAGAGUCCUAGCACAUUAACAAUGUUAACAGCUACAUCCCAAACAUCCUCUGAUACCUUACCUACUGUCAGCUUUGACACCAAAAUGGGGCCUUCUGUAGUUGAUGAUGGUUUUAUCAUAGCCAGCACAUACUCCACAUCACAUACAGAAGCCCAAGAAAAUGUGGUAGCUGAUGAUAGCAGUUCUGUACACAGAGUGAUGCUGAAGAAUCAAACUUUAAGUGAACUUUCAGAGCAAUCUGAAGAAGGAAGUGCAUUUUCAACUGCUGCAGUAGACAACAAUAUAGAUUCUGAUAUGGAAGGAGGGAGCUAUUUAUCGACAACAAUGCCAAUGAGCAGCACUGGACAGAAGCACAUCCCGUUCACUGCACUGGAAACUCAUGUUCAGACUCAUAAUACCCUUCUGGAAAAUACAUCUGAAUCAAGCUCCUGGGCUGUGCUUACUGAUGAAGAGAGUGGUUCUGGUCCAAGUACAUCAGAUAGCCUUAGUGAUAAUGAAACCUCCACAGAUUUCAAUUUUUCUGAUAAUAAUGACAGAGACAAAGACUAUGAGGUUGCAAUUCAGCCAGGUAAAGCAGAUUUAACUCCUGGAUCUGAAAUGACAUCACCCCCAUCUGUUACUAGUGAACGCUCACCAGUAGUCAACGUGUCUGAGGCAGAUGUUGCUAAUCAAGAGGCAAGUAAUAGUAGCCAUGAAUCUCGUGUUGGUCUAGCAGAAGGUUUGGAGUCAGAAGAGAAGACAGUAAUCCCACUUGUUGUCGUGUCAUCCCUGACCUUUAUCUGUCUUGUGGUGCUUGUGGGUAUUCUGAUCUAUUGGCGAAACUGCUUCCAGACAGCACAUUUUUAUCCAGAAGAUAAAACGUCAUCAAGGGUGAUUUCCGGUCCACCAAUUCCAGUAUUUCCGGUCGCAGAUGAUGUUGGAGCAGUACCCUUGAAGCAAUUCCCUAAACAUGUUGAAGAUUUGCAUUCAAGGAAUGGAUUUACUGAUGAAUUUGAGGAGAUUCAGAAUUGUACAACUGAUUUAGGGAUUACAUCUGAAAACUCCAACCACCCACACAACAAGAAUAAGAACAGAUAUGUAAACAUUGUUGCCUAUGAUCACAGCAGAGUUAAACUCUCACAGCUUGCAGAGAAGGAUGGAAGAACAACUGAUUAUAUUAAUGCUAAUUUUGUUGAUGGCUACAACAAACAGAAAGCCUACAUAGCAGCUCAAGGGCCAUUAAAAUCAACGGCAGAGGAUUUCUGGAGAAUGAUAUGGGAACAUAAUGUCGAGGUCAUUGUAAUGAUUACAAACCUCGUUGAAAAAGGCAGAAGAAAAUGUGACCAAUAUUGGCCUAGUGAUGGCAAUGAAGAAUAUGGUGCAUAUCUGAUAACUCAAAAGGAAACAAAGGUCCUGGCUUAUUACACUGUACGGACAUUUACUGUGAGAAACAAUAAGAUUAAGAAGGGAUCACAAAAGGGCAGACAAAAUGAGCGGGCAGUGGUGCAAUAUCACUAUACACAGUGGCCUGACAUGGGGGUUCCUGAAUAUACGCUUCCAGUACUAACAUUUGUAAGAAAAGCCUCUGCUACAAAGCGUAAUGGUCCUGUUGUAGUGCACUGCAGUGCUGGUGUUGGAAGAACUGGUACAUACAUUGUACUCGACAGCAUGUUACAGCAAAUUCACCAUGAAGGAACUGUGAACAUUUUUGGUUUCCUGAAACAUAUACGUUCUCAAAGAAAUUACUUAGUUCAAACCGAGGAGCAGUACAUCUUCAUCCAUGAUGCUUUGGUGGAGGCUAUUCUUAGCAGAGAGACAGCGGUCCCUGAGACUCAUAUUCAUGGCUAUGUUAAUACUCUCCUAACAACGGGCCCAUCUGGAAAAUCAAGACUAGAGACACAGUUCAAGUUAUUAAGCGAGCCAAACUUAUUACAGUGCGAUUACUCAACGGCAUUAAAACCACAAAACAAAGACAAAAACAGAACUUCAUCUGUCAUUCCAGUUGAAAGAUCAAGAGUAGGCCUUUCCUCUUUGGCAGGAGAAGGAACAGAUUACAUUAAUGCAUCAUAUGUAAUGGGUUAUCAUGAAAGCAAUCAAUUUAUAAUCACACAACAUCCUUUGCUUCACACAAUAAAAGAUUUCUGGAGAAUGAUGUGGGACCACAAUUCCCAGUUUAUUGUAAUGCUUCCGGGUAUGCAGAAUAUGGCUGAAGAUGAAUUUGUCUACUGGCCAAAUAAAGACCAGCCUAUUGUGUGUGACACUUUUACAGUCACCUUGGUUGGAGAAGAUCACGUGUGUCUCUCAAAUGAAGAAGAAAUGAUAAUCCAAGAUUUUAUUUUAGAAGCCACACAGGACGACUAUGUUCUUGAAGUGAGACAUUUCCAGUGUCCAAAAUGGCCAAAUCCAGAUAGCCCUAUGAGCAAAACAUUUGAGCUUAUAAAUCUGAUCAAAGAAGAGGCAGCAAAUAAGAAUGGGACAAUUAUUGUACAUGAUGAAUAUGGAGGCGUGACAGCAGGGACAUUUUGUGCUUUAUAUAGCCUCAUGCAUCAGCUGGAACAGGAAAACGCGGUAGACGUUUACCAGGUGGCUAAAAUGAUUAAUCUGAUGAGACCAGGAAUUUUCACAGAUAUUGAGCAGUAUCAGUUCCUGUAUAAAGCCAUGCUCAGUCUUGUAAGCACUCGACAAGAAGAGGAUUCAAUGGUAUUUAUGGACACUAAUGGGGCACCUCUACCUGAUGGUAGUACAGCUGAAAGCUUGGAGUCGCUAGUAUAAUUCUGUGGCAUUUUAUGGCAGAGGCAUUUUCAUUGCCCAGCCUUUCUGAACCGAUAAAAUCGGAAAAUCUGUGGAAGCUGUGAUCGGUUUGCAUACCUUCGCCGAUUUGUUACUGUUGAACUUUUACAGUAAAUAACUUGUGCCUUUUGGGGGACAACUUGUAAUCUAUGUGUCAUGUCAAGACUAACGACCACUUGCAGUGUUUUUAUAAAUAUAUUGUCAUAUGUUUUUUCAGUAUUAGUUUAUUAUGUUGAGAUUUUAACAUAUUUCUAGAUGUGUUUUCUUUUAUUGCUUUGGAAGAAAAGUUAUAAUGUCACAAUGAACUGCGCUUUGGUAGGAUUUCUUGCGUUUGCUAUCUUUUGACUUUUCUAUAUUUUGUUGGAAUGUAAAUGACAUUUUUCUCUUUAUAACAUUUCAAAAAUGACAGCCGACAUAGGGGACAUUAAUCGAACUCUUCCUAUAAUGUACAUAUUGUUAUAGUGACUCCAUGGACCAAAUUUAUAUUUAUAAUUGUAGAUUUUUAUAUUUUACUACAGAGUCUGUUUUCUAGUAAUUUGUAACUGCGUUGGUAUAUUAAUGACCUUUGUUAUUUGAUUUUACCAAAAUUUCUGACCUAUUGAAUUGCAUCUAUGCAUGUAUAGCAUUUGUGUUCUUGCAUUUAAUU